AUGGGUGCUGGCAACUCUAAGCCCGAUGCUUCGGCCGGCUCACAACAUGUGUUCUCCAGCAACUCUCCCGUUCAAUUCUCCUCGAACCUAGUGGACGCCCUCCAGUCCAACUCGGAGACCGACUCUACCCGCUCCAAGGCCCUGGAACUGGAAAUCCAAAACCGCGUCGCACAGGAACUCCAACGCCUCCGCGAACGCGAGCAGCAGACCCUCGCCGAGAUCGAGAAGCGCAUCGCCGAGUCAAAGGAUACCUCCUCCCUGCCCAUCACAGCCGCCACGGCCCCGGUCACAUCCAACUCCUCGGGAUACCCAGCCGGCUCACUGAACCUGGACGCACCACGAAUCCCCUUCGCUGGACGGGAGCACGACCCCGUGGCCACAUUUGCCGCGCCGCAGGAACCCGCCGCCGCCCAGCCGGUAGCCAAGCGCGACGUGUCGCGCAACGCGGUAGCAGCCGAGAUUGAGCAAUUGCGCACCAAGCUCGAUGGACGGAGGAAGGUUGCGGAUCUUGACGACGGCGUUGCCAAGGCCAAGUCGGAUGUUGUUAGCUGCCUGCGGUUGAACGAUCGUCGGCCAUUGAACUGCUGGGAGGAAGUUGAUGCUUUCAAGCGUGAGGUUGCGCGCUUGGAGGCUGCCUUUGUGGAUCGCAUUGUGGGUUAG